AUGUCGUCGCGCCAGCCCAGGUUCAACCAGCAAGCCCUUAUCGACACCACCCCUCUACCCGACGACAUCCCCAAGGUCAAGGAGCUCGGAGCCAGUUCUGCGCCCCUCCUAAGUGCCUCGUUCUUCAUUGGCGCACGAUGCAAGGCCUACAACGAUGACUACAUGAUGUGCAAGACCGAGGCCAACGGCCGGGGAGAGUUUGACUGCAUGAAGGAAGGCCGCAAGGUCACCAGGUGUGCGGCUAGCGUUAUCAAGGACAUCAACGAGAACUGCCUGGAACAGUUCCGCACCCACUGGCAAUGCCUAGAGAACCACAACCAACAACUCUGGAACUGCCGGUCAGAAGAGCGCAAGCUCAACAAGUGUGUAUUCGAGAAGUUGAAAUUGGAGAAGACGAUACCAGAUGCGCCAAAGGGCGAGACCCCAGUCCACCUGCGCACACGCAACAUCUUUGCGACCCACUGA